GCGGAGCACGCUGGGAUUUGGCGCCCCCCUGCUCUGUUCAGCCUAUAUAAGGCUGCCAAUCUCCGCUCCCGGUACACGCGCUUCAACUUCGGUUGGUGUGUGUCGAAGGAACCUGAGAGCAGCGGAGAAGGUCCACCGAGCCUCGAGCCUCCCGAAAGGUCCGCUGAGCGGGCUCGCGUCCGGAGCCACUCCGGGCUGCGGAGCACCCAGUGGAGCCCACGCCUGGCUCAGGUGUGGGACCUCGUCCAUCCUGUCUUCGCAGAGGAGUCCUCGCGUGAAAUAAGCGGAUUUUGAAAACAAAGAGAAGAAGGGGUGCAAGAGGGGGCCAGGAUCCAGGCCUCCAUCCCCAAAGAAGUGAAGUUGCUGCCGGGAGGUCUCCUCCCCGCCCAACCAUCGCCAUGGGUCCCGCCGACUGCCCACCUCCUCCUCCUCCCCCUCCCCCCAACAACAACAACAACGACGACAAGGACAAGCCCAGCGGCCAUAAGAGCCCCUGCGUGCCCAACAUGACCGAACGCAGGAGGGAUGAGCUCUCUGAAGAGAUCAACAACUUAAGAGAGAAGGUCAUCAGACAGUCUGAGGAGAACAACAACCUGCAGAGCCAGGUGCAGAAGCUCACAGAGGAGAACACCACCCUUCGCGAGCAAGUGGAAGUGGAGCCCACCCCUGAGGAAGAGGAUGACCUCGAGCUCCAGGGAGCUGCAGCUGCUGCCAUCCCACCCCCUCCGAUCGAGGAAGAGUGCCCAGAAGACCUUCCUGAGAAGUUCGAUGGCAACCCAGACAUGCUCGCUCCUUUCAUGACCCAGUGCCAGAUCUUCAUGGAAAAAAGUACCCGUGAUUUCUCAAUUGAUCGUGUCCGCGUCUGCUUCGUGACAAGCAUGAUGACCGGCCGUGCUGCCCGUUGGGCCUCAGCCAAGUUGGAGCGAUCCCACUACCUGAUGCACAACUACCCAGCCUUCAUGAUGGAGAUGAAGCACGUCUUUGAAGACCCUCAGAGGCGAGAGGCUGCCAAACGCAAGAUCAGACGUCUGCGCCAAGGCAUGGGGUCUGUCGUCGACUACGCCAACGCUUUCCAGAUGAUUGCCCAGGACCUGGAUUGGAACGAGCCUGCGCUGAUUGACCAGUUCCACGAGGGCCUCAACGACCGCAUUCAGGAGGAGCUGUCCCACCUCGAGGUCCCCAAGACGCUGUCCGCGCUGAUCGGCCUGUGCAUUCACAUCGAGAGGAGGCUGGCCCGGGCCGCCGCCGCCGCCGCUGCCGCCGCCGCCGCCCGCAAGCCGCGCUCCCCGCCCCGGGCGCUGGUGCUGCAGCAGCCGUCCGGCCACCACCAGGUCGACCCCACCGAGCCCGUGGGAGGUGCCCGCAUGCGCCUGACCCAGGAAGAAAAGGAAAGGCGCAGAAAGCUGAACCUGUGCCUCUACUGCGGAACAGGAGGUCACUACGCCGACAACUGUCCUGCCAAGGCCUCAAAAUCUUCGCGCGGGAAACUCCCCGGCCCCGCUGUAGAGGGACCUUCAGCGACCGGGCCAGAAAUAAUAAGGUCCCCACAAGAUGAUGCUGUCUCGUCUCCACACUUGCAAGUGAUGCUCCAGAUUCAUCUUCCGGGCAGACACACCCUGUUCGUCCGAGCCAUGAUCGAUUCUGGUGCUUCUGGCAACUUCAUUGAUCACGAAUACGUCGCUCAAAAUGGAAUUCCUAUAAGAGUCAAGGACUGGCCAAUACUUGUGGAAGCAAUUGAUGGGCGCCCCAUAGCAUCGGGCCCAGUUGUCCACGAAACCCACGACCUGAUAGUUGACCUGGCAGAUCACCGUGAGGUGAUCUCAUUUGACGUGACUCAGUCUCCAUUCUUCCCCAUCGUCCUGGGGGUUCGCUGGCUGAGCACACAUGACCCCAACAUCACCUGGAGCACUCGAUCUAUCGUCUUUGAUUCCGAAUAUUGCCGCUACCACUGCCGGAUGUAUUCUCCAAUACCUCCGUCCCUGCCGUCACCGCCAACACAGCCGUCACUUUACUAUCCAGUAGACGGAUACAGAGUUUACCAACCAGUGAGGUAUUAUUAUGUCCAGAAUGUGUACACUCCAGUAGAUGAGCACGUCUACCCAGAUCACCGCCUGGUUGACCCUAACAUAGAAAUGAUACCUGGAGCACACAGCAUUCCCAGUGGACAUGUGUACUCACUGUCUGAACCUGAAAUGGCAGCUCUCCGAGAUUUUGUGGCAAGAAAUGUAAAAGAUGGCCUAAUUACUCCGACCAUUGCACCUAAUGGAGCACAAGUUCUCCAAGUGAAGAGGGGGUGGAAACUGCAAGUUUCUUAUGAUUGCAGAGCUCCAAACAAUUUCACUAUCCAGAAUCAGUAUCCUCGUCUAUCUAUUCCAAACUUAGAAGACCAAGCUCACCUGGCAACUUACACUGAAUACGUACCUCAAGUACCUGGAUAUCAAACGUAUCCCACGUACACCACGUACCCGACCUACCCAGUAGGAUUCGCCUGGUACCCAGUGGGACGCGACGGACAAGGAAGAUCACUCUACGUGCCUGUCAUGAUCACCUGGAAUCCGCACUGGUACCGCCAGCCUCCGGUACCACAGUACCCCCCCACCGCAGCCGCCACCCCCCCCCCACCGCCCCCACCACCGCCUCCAUCCUACAGUACCAUGUGAAUACCUGUCAUGUCCUUGAGGAUCUCUGCCCUCCAAAUUGAUUCCUGUUCAGCUUCUCAAUCAGUGACUGUGUGCUAAGUUAGGCUACUGUAUCUUCAGGGCCACCCCGGACUGGCACACAUCAUAUGUCUGCUAAUCUAACUAAAAUAAUUAUCAAGUUUACUUUGCAGCUAAUCCUGGAAGCCUGAAAGCUCUGUCACCAUCUAAAUUAUAGGCUGCUAAAUUCCUUAACAUUUACAGAGAAGCUGAUGCAAACACAGGAAAUGCUGAUUUCUUUACGGAGGGGGAGAAAAGGAGGAGGAGGAGGACAUGACUUUCAUUGCAGCUUCGGUACCCUCACUGGAGGACCGAAGCCUUUAAAGGAAGCCACAAGUACUGGUGCAGCAUGGAAAGGCUUCCGUGAUUCUCCUGCUGCACCUCUAGAAACUUCACCAUCUUCAAACUCCGUUUGCAUGGUUCCGUCAACUCUCAAGGAGCAGCAACUCGACUAGUUCUCCCGGAAGCCGGCAAAAAAACCCUAUGGCGUGAAACACCUCAAGCCUGAAAAGAAAGUGUUCUCUCAGAUGGAUUCUGCAACAGACAACACAAGAGUUGUCUUCAAUCCAGUGGCACCUCUGGUGUCUCCUGGACGAUUUGUGCUAACCUGGGACUGCCUGACUUCCUUUAACCUGGUCCCUUGCUACUACCUUGAACUAACCUCUCUCUUUUAAUUCUUUACUACUGCCAUGAACCCUGCUGCAGGAUGUGUGUCAUCUUCCUGCCUGGUUGCUGAGACUCCAUUUUUGCUGCUGCACACGGAGAUGAGAGGCAGGCUUCAAUUGCCAAAACAUGGUUUGAGCAGUAGAAAACAACAUGGUUUUAUUUCAAAUUGUCAUGGAGAGGACUCUGAUGGUGAAGUUUCAUUUUUCAUCAGCAUUUUCUAUCACGUAUUCAUUAUCACCCACUCUUAUUCUUGCAUGCUUAAAUACUUUAAAACUUUUAGCUGUGGUAGUGUCCUUUAACAAUGUUUUAAAGUGGUGACUAUGCUUUCAAAAAUUUCCAUUGAAUUACAAAUUCUUACUGUUAAACUAAGUAAAAGUGAUAAUGUAGUGUGAGAUACUUCUACUGUGAACUUCUUAAAACACUGUGAAUGAGAGGCUCCUCAGAACUGGAGUAUUUGUAAAGCAGUUCAUCUUCAGUCUUCAAUUUGAAAAUCAUAUAUAAUUUCACUUCAAUCAAUUGGGCCUUUAAAAAUCACACAAAAUGGUAAACAGUUUCAAAGAAGAAACCUAAUUGGCUAUUUACUUAAUACAAAACAACACUUUUUUUCUUCAAUGGAAUCAGAAAGCUUGUCAAUCACUUGUGUUUUUGAGUAGUUUUAAAAUGGUGCGUUUGUGCUUCUAGACUAUUGUGAGAUGUCAUUUCAGUUUACCUCAUACCCCUUCAUUCUCCAUACAUUUGAGUUCAAGUUAUUCUGUGUCAAAUUUAUGGUUGUCAAGUGAUCUUCAAGCUGCAGAGUGCCUAGAAAUGGGCAUGGUCUGCAGCCCCUGCAUGUGCACACGGACAUUUGCCACCACUGCAAGCAAAAGUCUGGAGCGUUUGGCCAACGACAGGAACAGUCAGGGAGCGCAUGGUGGUGUGGGUUAACAACUCACAAAGUCCCUGACACAUUGACUGUUUACUGAAGCUUGUGAUUAACUUUUUGGCAGUGUGUGCUAUGCUCUAUUGCUAUAUGUGCUAUCUAUAAAUGUAGAUGUUAAGGAUAAGUAAUUUUAAAUAUAUUAUUCUAUAGUAUUAAAGUUUGGCUAAGUUUCCUUUGGCUAAGUUUCCUUUGGUCAAAUUUCCUUUGGGUAAGUUUCCUUUCACUCUAAUCGAUUUAUUUCAUUGCUGUUGAUCAAACUUUUGUUAAUUGAAUCCUUUAAAUUUUUGUUGGCAUUUUCCACCAGAAAUGCCUUUUCAUAAGAAAGGAAAAAGCAAGGGAAUUUGAUGUCUGAAGAAGUUAGAAAGGGAGCAAAGGUGAGAACUAGCUAAGGUCAUUAUGCUAGGAUAUUGAAACAGAGAAAGUUUACAUACAUUUCUGAAGGGUCAAUUUAGUGUGAACAAUGAGGUAUUUGUCUUAGAUGUCGGAAAAAGGAGAAUUAGUUUGAUUAAAUCAUGUGAAGUAUUACAGUGAACUUACAGGUGCACAAAAUAAGAGGGGCACAUCUAUAGGGUGCAGUUUGGAAUUCUGUUUAAGUUUGCAGGUACCUCUUGGACUCCUGAAUUGAUCCAGUUGUCAUCUACAACAAACAUCUCAUAUCAGAUACAGUUCCAAGAUUGGCAACAGAGAACACCCUGCUGGAAAAAGACCUGGAUGGAAAUGAAGGACCACCUGCAGAAAUGAAGAGCCCAGAGGGAAUCAUGCUACAUUUUCAUCUAAACAGAGAACACUUAUCUGAUGGGACUGAAAGUUCUUUGUUGUUUCAGAUUGUAGAAUGCUGUUGAAUUGGUCUGUGGAAAGUUGCAUUGUUUUUAUUUCUUUGUGUAAUCACUUUAAGUAAUAGGGGAUCUAUGUAAUCAUUUUUGGGUGGGAGGGACUAUUAAUCUUAAGUAGGUGGGGUUAUUUAGAAAGUUAGAAUGAUAUUAUGUAUUAACUAUCUCUAAGUGGACAUGUGUACUUACUUGUGACCUUUUACCCUGUAACUGCUACCCUUAAAGAUUCCAAAUAAACUCGGGGGGAACUGCAGGGAGAUCAACCCAUUUAAAGUGAAUUGGACAUGGAUAAAACCCUAGUGGGAGAAAGUUCAAAGGUGAUUGGAUUAACAAUUUAAUAGAGGCCCUAGAUAGAUGGAUAGGCACCCUUUGAGAAAUUUUUGCUGGAAGGAAAUUGAUCACGAUGGAUGGUAAAUAUUCAUGGAAGUUAUAGGAAAGUGAUGAAGAAACACCCCUGCCAGAACCCCUCCCCCUACCCUGCCUCCUCUCCUUACCCCUUCUUCAAACUAUUGCUGUAUUCUCUUUACUCUGUAAUGCUUUCUAUUUACUAAUACUGUAUUGCUGUUAUAAUAAAAAUUCAAUAAAGAUUUAGUGGUUAAGUGCAAA